AUGGGUAUAAGCUUAGGCCAAUAUAUAAAAAAUCUCUGGGAGAGCAAUGAAUCCAGAAACGAAUCGCUUACUCUGGAGUCAGGAAGUUUCAAACUCAGUGACCUUAACACAGGAGGAAGACCAACUAACAUCAGGAUACCAGAUGAAAGGGGGCCAAGCGGUGACUCUGGAGCCCAGAUGGGGCAGAAACAUAUAAGGGUGAGGGCCAUAAUGGUCUGUAAAGCUAUGGAGGGAUGGAUGUCAAAUUUGUCCCCAGGGCAAGGAAAUGGCACGCAGUGGGGGGAGACUACAUGCGAAGUAACAGAUCUGGGAGAGCCCUAUGGUACAAGGAUCCUUAAGAAGUGUCCAAUAGAUAAUGCUAAGGAGAGCUGGACCACUAUGACUAGUGACUCCCCCUUAUAUCUGCAACAGGAGAAACAUCGUACCUUCCAGGGCUGUAUAGAUGUAAUGAGUAUCAUGAUUAAAGUGUAUAGUGCUUAUACUAGUUCGAAGGUGGAAGAGGCAAGAAGCAAAGGGAGUGAGAUUUGUCAGCAAAUAAGUAAAGAGCUACAAGAAUGGGGCGGAAGCAAGGUGGAGAAAAAAAUAAUGGAUGAGUGGUUUCUGAAUAAAGGAGCCAGAGAAGGAGGCGGCUGGCUGAAGAUAAAGAAUGGGGAGUCAUUGAGUCGACAAAUAGGUAAAUUGUUGGAUAAAAUGAAUUUCCAGAUAACAGGAGUGCAAUGUACUAGAACCGAGGAUCAAGAGAAGAGAUAUGAAGAUAGUUGCGUGUAUACUAAGGGUCUAGGAUGUGAAAUGAUGGGAGGAGAUGAGGAAACCAUGACUAGAUCAUCAGCCGUCCGAAAUGAUGAGGAGUUAAGGAUAAACACCAAGGAACCCAAGCUUAAUAUCAUAAGUUCACGAGUACAAGAUCUUAUAGCCAAACUGAAGGCAGAAGAACAGGACCAACAAAGAGAACAGAAGAUUAAUGAGGAAACCAGGGUUUUUACAGAGGAAAUGGAAAAAAGGACCGAAGCACUAGCUAGGGAGCUGGAAACAGGAAACAAAUCACUUAUUGUAUAUAUAUCAGUAUCUGGAAUAAUAUUAUCCCUCUUGGGACUUUCCGUAUUAAUCUAUUUUAAAAGAAGCAGUAGAAGCAAGAGUAGCAGAAAGAAACAGCGAAAUUUUCCUAAAGUUGGGGAAAACUUUCCCAGGAACAAGUCAGGAAGGGGGGUUAUUAGCUAUACGGGAAUUGAAGCGGCUAAGUGA